CACAGAUAUUACGAUGAUGCGGACGAUCCUUCUUUUAUGGUUGUUCGUACUCCUUUCUUCAGAAAAAGCCAAGUGCGACAACGGUUUUGCGUUGAAAUUUAAGGUGGUCCACGAAGCGAUCCUCACAUGCGCGAAUAAGGGGACAAAUGAUUUGCAGGUUAACUUCCGACUGUCUAAAAAAGACAGGAAUCACAUGAGCAUGAAAGGCAACUUGACGUUCAAAGUUCCAUUCGACAAUAACGUAGCGGUACACGUAAAGUUGCAAAUAUGGGGCAACGGCGGAUGGAAGUCCGGCUCUGGAGUGGACUUCGCAAGAGAGGACGGUUGUACAGCGUUCCAGCGGGUUCUCGGACCUGUAUGGAUCGCCUUGACCAAAGAAAUUAAGACGAGCCCCGACUGUCCAUUAAAACCGGGGAUUUACCUCAUCGAAAACUUCGACGCGGCGAAUUGGGACAACCUGGCCAUCCCGGGUGCACCCAUCAACAAGUACAAGUUGACAGUUAAUUUUUUAAAAAGCGGCACAAAAAUCCUGCUCGGCUGCUACAGCAGCAUUUUCAACGUUUUGCGAAAAAAGUAAAAUUAAAACACUGUUUUAAAUUGGGUUAUAAAGUUUUCGCAUAUUA